AUGCUUAAAAUAAGCUUUUUAUGCACAGAAUUAACAGCUCUUUUCUGUGUGGUUGUUUUUAUGGCUAAAAGAGAUGAAAGGGCAUAUAAUGCUUAUAAAAUACGUUCAAUGUUAAGGAAUUUACACAAAACAAACGAAAUAAAUAAAUCUUCAAUAUCUAAUUGUUCUCUGCCUUAUGAUCAAAUUUUAAAAGAAAAUGAACUUUAUUAUAAACAUGCAAGAGUAAAUACACUUAGAAGAAAAUCAGUUUGUUCUCAAGAAUUUACACAACAACCUUUACAACUUAUUGCAGCUUGUUCUACUUUAUUGACAGUACCUACAGAAGGGGAAUGUUCACCUAAACAACAAUCAAUGUCUAACAACCAAAGAAUGACAGAUAACUCAUCCAAUCAUGUACAUUCUAAUGGUUACUUUCAUUAA